AUGAGCUCACAACAAAUGACAAACCACCUGAUAAUGCUUUUGGAUUCCGAAAAUUUUACACAAUCAAAAAAGUUUGAUUGCGAAAUUGGCAUCCUGAUCACUAUACACCGUUUCGGGAACCUUGUGUUGAUAAAUCCACCAAUUGAAGAAAACAGAAGAGACCGUUUCGACUUCUUGCGUUUUCAUGGCCAAGAUAAGAAAACUACAAAGUUCCGUCUGAUUGAUUGA